ACAACAGGACCAGGUCGUAUGACUGUGUGAAUUUUUGUGAUUGUUUUUUUUUUAAAUCGUAACGUUUUGUUUAGAAUAAGUCAACGAAUAAGUUGUUCAAAAAUUAUUUAUAAAACUAAUGUACAAAAUACACACAUAGGUGGUAUUUUAAGUUAAUGAAAACUGCCCACAUAAUCUUUUUUUUACUAUGAAGAUCAACGAAAAAAAUUUGUGCGCAUAUUCGACAUCGUCGAGUCCGAUCGACAAAGAAGGAUGGCUGUGUAAACGCGGUGAAUUGAAUAAAGGGUACCAAAAACGAUGGUUUGUUCUGAAAGGGAACCUUUUGUUUUAUUUCGAUCGGAAGGCCGACAAAGAGCCCGUGGGUGUAAUCAUACUUGAAGGGUGUACCAUUGAAUUGGCCGAAAACGACGACCAAUUCAGCUUCAAAAUUGUGUUUCAUGGGCCGAACAACCGAAGCUACGUACUUGGAGCUGAAAGCCAGGAGUCUAUGGAACAGUGGAUGAAGGCGUUGGCUUGUGCGAGUUACGAUUAUAUAAAAUUGAUGGUCACCGAUUUGCAGAGACAACUUCAAGAGCUCGAACAAACUCCCGCCCCGUCAUCUCAUCCAGUACCAAAGGAUCAAACUCCCGAAACAAACAAUUCUAACGAACGGCUGUCACCUCAGCCUCCUCUAAGAGGCAGACACAAUCCGUUCAACAAGCCCAGCGCUCCAUCACAACAACGCAAAGACAUUGUAUCUCAUCGUAGUAUUGCUUUCAAAGAGCUACACAAUCAGCUGGGAAGAUCUAUACUCCGCGACCGAAACGAAUGGAGAUUCGGACUUAAAAAACCGAAUUUAAAUAAUCAAGAGCCUCUAAUUACUUUGUGAUACAUUUUUUAAAUGAUUUGUUGGUUUUUUUCUUAUUUAGAUGAUUUUGUGAUCGUUAUUUUUGUAAUCUUGCAUAACAGACUCAUUAUAUAUCAUUAUGUUAUGAUUAUAAAAAUUGUGUUUUUAUCA